CAGUCAGCGCGCCCGAGCGAGCUCGUAGACCAGCAGCGCGCGGAAGAGCCAGCUCGUGCUGUGGAAUCGCCUAGCUGGCAGCUGUUGGCGACCGAACUGCAGCUCCAACUUUCACCAUGCAGACUGGUUCUUGGCGCAGCGGGCUCGUCCUGAUGCUUCUUGCAAGUCUAGCGACGGGACGCAGGCUCGGCCGGGUAGAGAAUGACGACGAUGACGAGGACGAACAGCCGUGGAUGAGCGACCCCGGCGAGAUUCGUCGUCACCGUGAGCCGAAGCCGGCGCCGCCACCGGAGAACCCUAGUCCCUCGGGCUACAGCUACGACGAUCAAGAGCAAAUACCGCCUAGAGCUGAAUGCGAGGUGGACAGCUUCCGGAGAGGACAGUCUGAAUGCGACCGCAUCUUGCGGAUGAAUCUGCCUCACCACCACGGCAGUCACGAUUACGUUUGCUACGCACUGCGUAAGUACAAGAUGUGCGUCGCCAGUGUGAUGAUCCAGUCGAGCUGUUACGAAAGGACAUUCAUAUCCCAAGAGCUCCACAAGAUUCGGGGCAUCAUACAGGGCUACAGUGUUGACUGUUUCAACAUAACCAAAGAAACGAACCGGCGAGGCUUGAAAGUUCGGCGCCUCCGGUUCCGCAUGGCCAAGGUGAAGCUCUCGGCUGAGUGCAGCCCGGCGACGGCGUGGGCCGUUGAACUCACCUGUACGAAGGACUUCGAGUCUGACAUGAAGGCACUCUCUCAAUUAAACGAACCGUCCAAGGCAGUGAAAAAGUCUUGCAGAACCAUUCUUCGCUACUACCACUGCUUGACGCCUGUCACAGAAUCGGCAAGUUGCCAAAAGAAUCCCGAAUUCAUUAAACAUCUGGAGUAUUUCCCGAAAGCCAUCACCGCCCGGUACAAGGAAGUGUGCCUCAGGGAGCUCGAAAUCAGCCCAUCUCUCUUCAAGGAAAAAGUGAACACAUCGAUGGCCGCGGUGCUUGCGAAGGCCGACAACUGCAAAGAAGAGGAGGCAUCUCGAGAGUUUCUGGCGUGUGCCUUGGUGUUCAACGAAGUCGUAACACACACGAAUGACGACUUCAGAAAGUGCGAAGCCUACCGGAACUUCAUUCAGUGCACGAAUACAAUCGCCCGGACACUGAACUGUGGAGAAAGCUCCGAGUUCCACCAUCACGCUGUCCAUGUGCUGAGUGUCCUUCUCUACAACCUUCAGAAUAAAUGCACACAAAAUAAACGCGGCCGUGUAGGUGGAGAGAAUACGGGCGCCGCAGCAACCAACACCAGCGGUGCGCAUAAAGACAGCGUCCCGCAUAAAGAAGGCGUGCCGCAUAAAGAAGGCGUCCCACAUAACGAGGGUGGGCCGCGCCUGUCCGAAAACAUUCCGGAAGCAAGACCCAUCGAACCUACAUCGCCACCGCCGGAACACGAAGGUGGCCCCACGCGCCGAAGAUUCUUCAAGCACACAGACCAAGAUUUCAAGGAAACCACCGAGAACCCAUUCUACCCUCCACUUCGCAAGAUGCCGCUCGAGCCUCGCAUUCCUCAAGCCGAGGACUACCCGAGAAGCCACGACGACGACGACUCGUCGGCGUCGGAGAGAAAGCGACCCGAGCCGCGUCGCGACAACGAUGACCACCCGAGUCGAGAUAGCAGGCGCGGCAAGCAUGCCAGAAAAGGAGGCGCGCAUCACGGCGGCGGCGGCUACGAUGAACGCAGCAGCAACAAUGCAGAGGAGCGCGGCAGGAACAGUGGAGAAGGCAACGUCCGCAAGGGCGGCUUCAAGGGAUCCCGCGGAGAAGGCCGUCGCAAUCGGCCCAACAACUGGGGCGCCAAAAGGGACGACCUCGACAAGAACGAUGGCUACCCGGCCGACCCUAACGACGGCUUCCUGGAGGACUCGGAGCCAGAAGGAAUGAACCAACGCAAGAAAAAGCUGAACGAGCAGCUCUGAACAACGUCGGGCCC